CCGAUCGUCGCACGAUGUAUGCGAGGUGCAACGACCGAUCAGUCAUGACGACAGAGCCAUAGCAAGAGUCUAUGUCAAGCAGGCUACGGCAACUAUCCAGGCACAUCCCCUCUUCAUCUUUCAGUACCAUGACUUCGACACCACCGCCAUGGAAGGCUGUCAUCGAGGACAUCCUCAAGGAAAAUAUGAAGCAAGGCAAUAAAGACUCCCUCAACAUGCAGCUCGCUACCAUGCCUGCACCCGAGGCGCCCCUUCACCCGUCCGUACGCACAGUUGUCUUUCGUGGGUUCGUCGGACAGCCUCGUAAGGAAGACGAGCCAACGGGUGGAAAUCCCAUCAAGUCUGUUGAAAGUAGUCUCAUUGUCACUUCAAGCGAUCGCCUCAUGCUCAAAGCGAAGCAACUUCUUGCUCAGCAAAAGGAGGGACACGGGAAGAAUGGAUUUGAGGUGUGUUGGUGGCAUCAAGGGACACAAGAACAAAUUCGCUUCUCUGGCCACGCAUGGCUACUGCAAUCAACAGACCACGAUAAUGCAACGUUUCCCGCUGAUCGUCUCAAGAAGCUCGUGUCUAUCGCUGAGGCAGAUGUAGAGAAGUGGACGUGGGAGAGUGAGAGGUUACGACAAUUUGCUAAGCACUCACCGGGACUGCGUGCAAGUUUUCAGAACCCAGAACCUGGAUCACCCAUCACAUCGGAGAAGAAGGCUCAGAUUCUGAAGCGUAUGGAAAUUCCAGGAUCCCUCGGCGAAUGCAAAUCUGAGGAAGAUAAAAAAGCUGUGGUGGAAGCAUUGAAACGCUUCUGUCUUGUGAUACUGGAGGUGAAGCAGGUGGAGUAUCUCAAAGUGGAGCCACCGGCAGAGCGCAAGCAAUGGACCCUGCAAGGCGACAACUGGCAAGAGCAGGAAGUUUCACCAUAAAGAAUAUCCAGUAUCCUACGUAUACGAAUUCAUUGUAAUGACCUAAAAAGCAAAAGAAUCGGCUGU